AGAGAGAGAGAGAGAGAGAGAGCGCGAGCGCUGCUGCUGCUGCUGCUGUUGCUGCUGCUGCUGAUUUUUUUUUUACACUCACAGUGUAGAGCUUGGUGCUUGCUGGCCUCCCUCCGCCUAAGAAAAGUGGGUUAUGAAAGGAGCUCCUCUCAGAGACUGUAUAGCCCUUCACUGGAAUAGGAGCAUUCAGCAACAGAAAGAAAAAGGAAAAGACAAACAGCAGCAACAACAAACCGAUAUCUUCUCUUUUUAAGCUUUUCCUUCACCUUUGCAAGUGGGGUUUAUUUUUGCAAUACGCUUUUUUAAAAAAAGAAAUUGUAUUUUUGUUCAUUUGACUUUUUUUGGUUGUUUGUUUGCUCUGGUUUUAUGAGGGGCUCGUUAAGACUUAGCGGGGAAAGAAGAGAGGUGCAAGAGAGAGGAGGGGAGAGAAGAAAAGUGGAAAGGAUUAGAAGCUGGAAAAGCCCAGUCUGCUUUCACUCCUCGCUGGCUGUUGAUGAACGCUGUGUAUUUGUAAAUUGCUCUUCCUGUCCGACCUGCACACCCCGAGAGUGCCCAUCUCCCUAUAUAUACCCUGAAAGUCAGCGCGGCCACCAUGGUCGGAAGAGUUCAUCCCGAUCGGAAACAGUUGCCGCUGGUCCUACUGAGAUUGCUCUGCCUUCUCCCCACAGGACUGCCUGUUCGCGGCGUGGAUUUUACCCGAGGCACUGACAACAUCACCGUGAGGCAGGGGGACACGGCCAUCCUCAGGUGUUAUGUAGAAGACAAAAGCUCCAAGGUGGCCUGGUUAAACCGAUCUGGUAUCAUUUUUGCUGGACAUGACAAGUGGUCACUGGACCCCCGUGUUGAGCUGGAGAAACGGACUGCUCUGGAAUACAGUCUCCGCAUCCAGAAAGUUGAUGUCUACGAUGAGGGUUCCUACACAUGUUCAGUGCAGACACAGCACCAGCCUAAGACCUCCCAGGUUUACUUGAUCGUCCAAGUUCCACCAAAGAUCUCCAACAUCUCCUCAGAUGUCACUGUGAAUGAGGGAAGCAACGUGACCCUGGUCUGCAUGGCAAAUGGUCGUCCUGAGCCAGUCAUCACCUGGAGGCACCUCACACCGACUGGAAGAGAAUUUGAAGGAGAAGAAGAGUACCUGGAGAUCCUUGGCAUCACAAGGGAACAGUCAGGCAAAUAUGAGUGCAAAGCUGCCAAUGAGGUUUCCUCAGCAGAUGUCAAACAAGUCAAGGUCACUGUGAACUAUCCACCCACUAUUACGGAGUCCAAGAGCAAUGAAGCUACCACGGGGCGACAAGCUUCUCUUAAAUGUGAGGCCUCUGCAGUGCCUGCACCUGACUUUGAGUGGUACAGAGAUGAUACCAGGAUAAACAGCGCUAAUGGCCUUGAGAUUAAGAGCAUUGAGGGCCAGUCCCUCCUGAUGGUGACCAACGUCACUGAGGAACACUAUGGCAACUACACCUGUGUGGCUGCCAACAAGCUGGGAGUCACAAAUGCCAGCCUAAUCCUUUUCAAGCGAGUUUUACCCACAAUCCCCAACCCUAAUCAAGAAAUAGGCACCACCGUGCACUUCAAGCAAAAAGGACCUGGGUCCGUGAGAGGAAUAAAUGGAUCAAUCAGCCUGGCCGUACCACUGUGGUUGCUGGCAGCAUCCCUGUUCUGCCUACUCAGCAAAUGUUAAUAGGAUAAAAAUUUACCCACAAAAAACAACACACACACACACACACACACACACACACACACAAAAUGCGUCAUACAGGAGACAGAGAGAGAGAGAGAAAGAGAGAGAGAGCAAGGGGGGAGGACCGUUUCUUUUACAACUAUGUGUGUUUAGAAGUGAAGGGGGAAAAUAUGACAACAAAGUAUCUACAACGUUUUCAAAAGUCAAAUUUGUUAAGAAAAAAAAUGGAAAACAACUUGGUGGAAAAAAUGCCACUGUGCAUGUAUGUGUGCUUGUGUGUGUGUGUGCGCGCACGCGUAUGUAUGUGUAUGUAUGAACAAUUGGUUGCUGUGUAAAGACUAUAUCAUGCUGAAGACAUUCAGGUGUUCUUUAGAUAUGAAAGAGAGGAAAGGAAAAGGAAAGAAAAAGAAAAGGAAUACUAAAUAAUUGUUUUCUCCCUUUUUUCUUCCUUUCUUCAUCUUUUUCAUCUGUGAAAAGUCAAGUCUUACCUUUGGUGUUUAUAUAAUCUUUUUUUUUUCCAGUUGGUCAUUUUGAACUGACUCAGCCAAUUCAGACUAUCAAAAUAAUCCAUACUGGUGUCUUGUGAAUAGCCUCUCAUUGGCAUGCCCCACCCUCUCUCUAACUUUAUUUCCUUUUCCUAAACCAUCCAUUCUCUUUCUCCCCUAUUCUGUAAUCCUUCAUAUUAUCCCCUUUACCUUCCUUAUAUUCCCCUUCCUUCCCUGCUGCCACCACCUUGAGCUCAAGUCAUGCCGCUGAUGCUAGGAAAUGACAUUUUAAUUUUAAUUUUCUUCACUUUGUGUGUGAGCGUGCUCAGGUCUCUCUCUCAUAUGGAUGUAUAUGUGUGUGUGCUGCGUGUCUCUCUCUCUAAAGCAUGCCAAGGGAAUGGUCCAUAUGUACAUAGACUCAUCGUGCUGUGGAUAAUUGUCCUGCAUUGUAAUUGUGAAAUGCGGUUUUGACAUGUUGCUCAGAAAGAUGGUGGGGAAGGUGGUAGAUCCUUGUGUCUGAAGCUCCAGUGGCAGCCUAACUGGAGUUUGCCUUGAAUUUCACUUGUUAAGAUAGCAUGGAAGAGCCCACCUCGCAACACCUUUCUCCACUCCACUCCUCCACCCCCAUCCCAAAUCUAACCAAAAGGCAUUAGAUUAGUGGCUGUCACAUGACAUCAGUGUACUCAAACAGGAAGAGAAGCUGGGUUCCCUCCAGGGGCAGGGCUCUAAGCUUCCUUUUAUACCCAUCAUCAGAACCCAGAAUAUCACUGUUACUGAAAGUGCCUACUACUGAUGGGAUGAGAGAUAGGGAAGAGUUCAUCAGUAACAAAGGCUGAGCUACCUAGGAGGGGAAGAAUUCUGACUUAGCUCUUGCUUCAUAGGUCUGAGAAAACUCAAACUUUUAGUGACAUUUUGCUGGAUGUGCCCUGUCCUCCCUCUGUAGUGGGUAUGGUGUGUACACAAUAUAUGGAGAAGCAGGGAAGUCACCAAGUGCUAAUUCAUAACUGUAGAAUUAUGAGCCCUAUGAUCACCUGAACUUCCCUCCUUUUGCCCCUCCCUAUUGGUCAAAUAACAUUAUGGAUCCCCCACCCAGCCACUCCUGACCAAUUCCCUUGGAUUAAACAUGUGGAUAAUGGUUGUCUCGUGAUUUGGAUCAAAUAAAGUGUGAUCAAGUGGAGCAUGAAUCAUUGGCAGCUGCAAAGGAAUCAAGGAACUUGUAAAUAUUGAAGCCCCAUGACCCAUAUUCCAAACAAAUAGGUUGGAGCCCCUGUAUGAAACAUAGGACAGAAAGAUGAAAAAAAUUCCUUCCAUAUUCCUCUACAAAGUCUUUAUCUGGUGACUGGUUUAAUUUAACAAUAAGAAAAAUUAAAUUGCCUAACUCCUCUUUGGUUUUUUGGGUUUUUGUUUUUGUUUUUUUGUUUUUUGGUGCUUUUGGCAACUCCAUCAAUUCAUAGUAGCCUGAAGAUUAAUUUUUCACUGUGCUCCAUGACAUUGACUUACUAGCAAUCUUGUCUGCUAGCUUGUGUUUUCUGUGAUGGAUGCUGUGGGGCAUGAUCUUCCUCAAAAGUCUAAAGAUUUAAUCUCAUGUUUCCCAUGUAAGACUGUGAAGGAAGACAAGUUGGGAAAUUUCCCCUGGAAUAGAAGACAAAUAGAAAUUUGGAUUAUUUUUCUUUAAAAAAAAGAGGUUGGGUGAUCCAAAUUAUGCCCAUAGGCAGAUAUGACAAUAGUACCAAUAAGGUUGUAAUGAUCAGGAAAGAAUCAAGGCAAACAAUGGUUCUUCAACCAUAAUUAUCUGCAGAAAGCAAGUCAGUUAAAUGUAUUGGAAAAGCUUGAAAUUGAUAGAGUUCCUAAGUAGUUCAGGAGAACAGACUGGUGUUCUAUAAAUCAAUUUUGAUUGGAUUAGAGUAGAACCAAAUGUAUUAUCUCCAGUAGCAAGUAGAGGGAAAAAAAUUUUUUUUAAAGAACUUUUCAUCAUUUUUGAUUGAGGAACAUCUCACAUUGUAAUCCAUUACAUACUAGAGAGAAAAGCCAUGCUAGAAAUUUCUCUUUUUGCUAGAUUUUAUAGAUAGAAAACUUUUUAAAGUAGGCAUUUCUUCUGGGUAGAUGCAAAGAAAUCUCUUCGAAUUAUAGCAGGUUAUUUUCCAGUGUCUGCUCAGGCAAGCAAUCAUCACCAUGACAAGCCCUUCAUGAGCUUCCCCUCCUAAGUAUUUCUUUUGGAGAAAGCAAUUUGGUCAAAGAAAGAGAGACAACUAACUAGAUGGCUCAUCUCUUACAUCCCAAAUAUUAGUGUUUGUUUAAGAGUCAAAACUUUUAAGUACUUUAAAAGCAAGAGAGUAAGAAAAUAAUGGAUUAAUUCCUUGCAAAUAGAUUAGAAAUCAACAAAUCUCGAGUUAUGGGUGACUGGACUGAAUUUCUCAACAAGAAGUUGUCACCCAUAAUUUGCUGAGUGUCAGGUCAUGAUGGUGAGGAAGGAUCACGCGACUUGUUUCUUUUUACAGAGGAAAACAAAAAUAAAAAACUCGGCUGCUAACUUCCUUCAGGGAAUUGUUAUUCACUGUGCUCAACUUUAGCCAUUCAUCAUAAGGAAUGUUUGGAUAUUUAGAUCGGCAAAUAGUGGGUUGGCUUUACUCUAGGUCUUGAUAGUCCUGGAGAGUUUUUGGUCAAUCUAACUAAGAUGAGAUGACAUGAUGCUCUAUAGUUCACAAUACAAUACAAUACAAUAUAAUGCAAUGCAAUAUAAUGUAAUACAAUACAUUGCAGUAUAAGGCAACAAACCUUUUUUUUCUUCUUCAUUUGGGUGAAUUGCUAACUUAACACGCUUUUAAAUUUUAGGUGCUCUUUCACUAGCCUUUUCCUGGAGCCUGCAGACUUUAUUCCCUCAGCUCUGAAACACAGAAUGGGAAACGGGGUACCAAAUAGCCAUCAUUACAAAUGCUCUUACCCCAUUUCCUUUUACCUUGUGUCAAUAUACUUUGAAAAACUUACACUUUCAUCACAAAAAAGGCAUGGAUGUGAGGCAGAAACAGAAUAUGACCAUAGGCUAGAGGUGGUAGGUACUUGCUGAUGUGAUCUGUGUACAAGAUAAUUUAUCAACUCACCUAAACUGACAAGAAACCUGGUUUAACCAUAAUCCUAGUUCCUGAUUACCCUCGAUCUAUUGAUAAAUCAGGAUUUUUGUUUUGUUCUUUCUACAAAGUGAAUCAAGAUUAGGUUAGAAUAUUUCUUGCUUAGGUGUUUAAAAUCUUUGAGGAAAAAACUCUGAAUACAUUCAUCAGAAUUCACCCCACAAUUGAUACCCCCAGUAGAAGGAAGAAACUAAAUUGCUAUCUGUUCACUCACAGAUGAACACCCCUCAACCUAUCCCUGUCCAAGAGUCCUAGUCAAUAAUCCACUUAGAAGUUAGAAUUGCCAUUAGUAAUAGAUUAAGAUAGCAUGCCUCCAAAUAGAAUAACACACAUAUUCUCAGUGCCUGAUACAGAUCAUAAUGAUAAACUUCUGUUUUCUGGAAGAAUCUGCUCCCAUAACUUUUCUUACUGAUCUUGAUUUUUCUUGUCCACAUAGGAAGUAUAAAUUAGAAGAGUUUCAUUCUCUCCCCUUCCCCAACAAAAUCUUUUCCUGCUCUUUUGUUGCUUAAACAUAGAAGCAGAUUAGAGAUUCAAUAGGAGUAUUGGGCCUGGAGAAGAGAAUUUGAGGAUUUGUCAGCAAAGUAGAGGAGGCAGGAAAUAGGCAUUGAGGAAAAAGGAAUCUUAGCAAGGGGCCACUUACUAUUUGGCUCAUCACUUGGCUGUUUGUCACUUCAGGAAUCAAGUCCAUUAGCAAAUGAAGCAUGAAACAGUACAUGGGAAAGAACCAACUGGAUGGAAAUAAUAUGCUGAAGGGGGUGAAAUUCAUCAAUUAAUCUGACUGGCUAAAUAUACUUAAUGUCAGGAGAAGUGCCCUUUGUAUACAAAAUGAAACUCAACCAUCCAUAAACUAAGUCUUCACUCCCCAAAGAUACUUCCUUUAACUUCUAGUUGACAAGAAUAGCAAUGAUCUUGGCCUAGGGUGCUUGCUGAGGAAUGAGAGUAAUCCGAGGUUUUAUAACUUCAGAGAGCAUUGUCAUUUCCUCCCUCCUAGUUACUUAUCUUGCUGUUUUUCUCUUAGACCAUUGUGAUUGUUUCUUGUUAUAACAGAGGCAUGUGUUUGCCUAUAAAGAGCUUUAAAAAUUCCAAGGAAGAAAGGUGAGAUUUCCUAAGUUAUGACCAAAAUCAGCUUAUUGUCAUAAAUUCAUGGCCACCAUCAUCUAACAAGCCAGGCAAUCUCUUUCCUUGACAUGGACUUCUUUACAAAGACUGACAAUUAUGAAUAUUCAAAGGGACUUCUUCCAUUCCCCCCACCCCCUUGCUGUUUUCCCAUUUCUUAGAGGCUGGAAAAUAGAACCAGUGUCUCUUCCCCAAAUAGGCUAUUCUUUGCACAAAUAAACUGGAUUCAUUAUAUGUAAUUUCUUCUGGCACUGGAGCUACACCCAUUUGCAUGUUAAUUAAUUACUCUAAAGGUAGAAAUUCCAGUUGCAGGCAUCUUUCUAGUAGCAAGUCCGUUCAAGAUUCUUGCAUUUUGAUCACUUUCACUGAAGCUAACCAGGACCUAAUUCCCCUCUUCAGCUCCUAUGGCUUUUCAGCUUGCAUAUAAUGUUGAUUCCCAGUGGGCCACCAAUUUCAGAAGCAUGUAGACAUAAUCAGGUGUUAAAAUAACCACUUGUGACAUUAUAGGAUUAGAGAAUCUUAGGCUUGGAUGAUGUAAAUCAAUUUCCUUAUAUGCAUUUCCAUAGCAACCCAAAUUCAGUUUAAUAUGACCUCUUAUUGUCUUAGAGAUUUCAAACAAUUUUUAAAAGAUCAAGGACAUAAGGAUAUAAUUUCCUCAGUUGCAAAUUCUAUAUCAUGGCAUUAUAAUGUCAAUGUGUACAAAAUGAGGUAUGUAGUUCUUUCUGUCUUAUUGGUAGACCUGCAAACUGAACUCCAGUUUAUAUACAGAUUGGGCAUGCAAACGCUAGACAUUGAAGAUUAAGGGUGCAUUUAUUUUACCUAGUAAUAUACAUAAAUUCUUUCUUGGAAAGUCAACCAAUGUUAACAUUUACAUUAACAGAAAUGUUUAUGUAUGUAGUAGAAAAAUUGUUUUAAACUCUUGAUUUCCUUCUUCCACAUUUACAUACGGUAUGCUGAUUAAUAAAUUAGUCCCCAAUCAUGUGUAAAUCAAAGUAAAUCACUAGUUUAUGUACAUAAAGUAAACUAUGUAAACUUCAUUUUUUUUCUACCACACUCAGGUCCAGGUAAACCUGUAAGUCUACAAGGAACACCAGGGCUAAACAGGACCAGACCAUUUGAAGUGGUCAAAGUUAAAACGGGAAAGACUAAAUCUCUCAGAGGAUUAAAUUCCCUCUGUAGGAGAAAGCUUUGUUUUUUUCAUACAGUGUUUAAUCCCAUUGAUUUUUUUCAAAGAGGCCACCUAGAUACUGUAUAACCAUCAUAAUGCUUAAUUUACAAGUGCUGGAGCUACCUUUAGGAGGCAGAAUAGUGUCAUGGAAAGAGUACAGGCCCAUGCUUUGCCACUAAUUUGUAUUAUUAUGACUUUAGCCAUGUCACCUUCCCUCUCUGUGCCUCAGUCUUCUCAUCUGCAAAAUGAGUAGGUUAAACUAGGUGAUUUCUAAGUAUUCUUCUUUCUAGCCCUAAUAUUCUCUAAGCCCACACAUACAGGCUAGAAAUUGCAAAAACUUUCAGCUAUUUCCAUCAUAACACCAGAUAAUAUCAGAGCCUUUCUGGCUUCCCUUAGAAAGGAAGAAAGAUUGAGGAAGAGCCUUACAGUUGUUUGUGCUGUAUCUGCUUCCAAAUUUCCUAUUCGUACUGACCUUUUGCUUCAGUAUCCUAGACCUUUUGGUUAAACGGACUCUUGGAAAGAGCUUACAACUUGAUGAGUAAGAAAAAUGUUGCUUCUAUUUCCACCCAAUCAUUCAGAAAACCAUAGGAAUUAUUCCAAUAGGGGAAAAAGGAGAGACUGCUGUUCUUUCAAGUUUCUAAGAAAUCAUGGAGAGAAAGAUUGAUCCUUCAAAUAAGAGAUCUACCUUCUAGUUGCCAAAGGAGAAAUGAAAUAGAAUCCUUGGGAUUCCGUAAUCUGUGGAACAAGCAAUUUUCAAUUGACUUAGUAGACCAUUCCCACCAUUCCAUUCUCAAAUUCUAUUUCUGAAUCCUUGUCCUGGAUACCCUGUUUCAUAUUGGCUUUGACACCCUAGGAUUACAGAAAGUACCUGAUCUCUCUGCUUAAGUGCAUAGAAAUAUUGACAACAACCUAGAUCAUUGGCACACAAAAAGCACAUCAAAGGCAAGACCUGAAAAAUAGGUUAGACUUAUUAAUAAGACUACUGUAUAAAAGGAACGGUCAAAUCUGUAUGGUGAUCCAGAGUUGUCCUGGUUCUAGCAGUAAUUGUCAGUAUAAUCUUGACCAAAUUAUUUCACUUCCAUGGGCUUCAAUUUCCUUAUCUGCAGAAGGAGGUAGUUAGAUUGAAUAAUCUUGAAGGCUAUAAUAUUUGUGAUUGAAUGAUUAUAAACUGGAUGCUAUUAAUUUGGCUAUUAAUUUGAGAGAGUAGUAUUUCCUUUUUUUGUCUGGGUCUUUCCAAAUCCUUUAAAAGUAUUGACAGAUUUCCCCCAAAAUAGUAGUGUUGAAGGCUAAAACUUCUAACAGAAAUUUUCAUAUGAUCAUCUGGUUAUAUCUGGCCAUAUCAUUUGAUAGCAUGCUAGGGAUUUCACCUAUCUGGAGUGUUUAUCUAAUGGCACUGAAAUGUUUUGGCUAUUGUAUAUUUUUUUAAUGUAUCCAAUCUAGCUGUUACACUUGCUUUAUUAACAUAGCAUAAAAGGAAAAGAGCCUAAUCUGCUUUCCUCCAUCCCAUACCACCCCUCAAAUAAUAGCCUUAUGGCUUCAGCAUUCCAAGUAUUUUAAGUAAGCAAGUUCUCAAAUUAAAAAAGGAAGCAGCAAGUGUUGCUUUCUAAUCUGAGGAAGUUCAAGUUCCCCAUUAAAGAUUCAGGAAAUGUCUGAUCCUAAAAUUGAUUAGAUAUCUUGUCAGAGAGGAUAGUUAUAAACAGCAGUACCAAACAGGUGCAGGUGAUCCUGUAUUAUUAAAAAAACAAAACAAAACAAAACAAAAAAACAGGGAGAGAGCAUUUAUUAGAAAUGCUCUUGUCCAACACUUUACCCUGAAAGGGUUUCCUAUGGCUCAAACUUCCUACAACCUGUUCCAAGAUAUUAGGGACUCCAAGCCCUGAAAAACAAACAAGUGGCAGAAAAAAUAGAAAUAUCCCUUUGUCCCACACUUCUAAACUAUUUCGAGAAGUGUUUAGCAAGACUGCACAGAUAUUACUUCAAGGCUUCAGGUAAAGGAUUAGGAUGUCAAGAAAAAAUCAUUGAGUAGACUCUAGAAUUAAUGGUAGUGACAAUGAGAGGGUGAUAUAAUAUUUUGGGGUGGGAGGGGGGAAGGUUCUAGAAAUGGGCAAAUGUGAAAAGUGAAGUUCUUUGGUUUUAAAUAGAAUGUUAAGGAAAGUACAAAGGGAGGAUUGGCAUAUAGGGGUAGAGAGAAAGGUUUCUUAGUAUUUUGGUCAAAUCAAAUAUUUCAUCUAAUCCCUUGCCUGUGUCCUUUAGGGAGCUGAACAUAAUGUUACUAUAUCGACCCAAGGAUUAAUGUCCCACAGCAUCUCAAGAGACCAAGCUUAGCCUUUCCCUAGCUUGUCUUCCUAUGCAUUGCCAGAAAUAGCCAAUGGAAUCUUAGUCACCUAUAUGCUGAAUAGUGGCUUGUAUCUAUAUCUUUCUAUAUGUCAAUAUCACUUUAUAGAUAUAGAUAAGCCAAGUCCUUAGGACACUUAUAAAGUUAUUUUGUAAAUGAGAGAACUACCAGUCCAACUGGGAAUAUUUUCCUUCUCUGUGAUUAUUUCAGAUGUUCUUCCCAUUCUGGUCAUUUCUCUAUCCUCAACCUUUGUCCAUCUACAGACACAAGCAGAAAUGUUCUAGUCUGCAUCUAGAAAAUGAAGGAAAUACUUCCAAUACUAGCUUCAUAGCUCCUGAUGUCCUGAUUCCACCACCAAUGAGUCUUUACCCUUCACCAGAGAAUGUAAAAGGCUGAGUCUGGUGAAUUGUUGCCAAGUUUCAUUCCCUAAGUGUUUACUGGGGGGUUCCAACAGGGAGGAGAUGAUGUGGAGAAUGGAGUGCUCAAAUAAAGCCUCCUCUUCUCCCCCUCCCCUUUCCCAUUGCUCUAUGGAAGGGUUUACAAAUCCUGCUAUUGGUUAGAAUUCUUAUUAACAGUGUUAUAUACAUAUAAAUAUAUAUAUAAAUAUAUUCCUUUUUUUCAACCCUGUAGCCAUGAACUGAACUUCCCUUGACAAUACAAACACAUGAUCACUUUUUGGUUUGGGACUUUUAUUGUUUGAAGUUUCUUCUUUUUUAAAAAAUUAAUUUGGUGGGUAUUUUUUUCUCCCAUAUACUAGCUCUAUGGAGAAAAACAAAAGCGCAAUGUGUGUAAAAAAAUAAAAUCAAAACAAGCUUUUUUCUUUUUUCUUUUUCAAUAUAUUUAAAUUCUGUUUCUCUCUUCUGUUACUUUACACGUAUGAAUGCUCUGCUCUUCUGUGAUCUUAAAACAAAAUGAAAUAAACGUGAAAAGGAGAUGUGUCUUCAUUGCC